AUGUUGAUUUUCAUACAUUUCAGAUAUCAGAAAACAACAGAAGUGGUUGCUGGGACCGCAGAUACGGUGAAGAAAGGAUGGAAUGAUAUGCGUAAUUCAUCGCUGUUCAAAUCAUUUGAAUCGAAACUCGGCACCGCAUAUACACAGGCGAAAAUGGCAGCUUCCACAAGCAUUGAUCAGCUUUCCGGCAUUGCGAAAUCAUCGUCCGGAACAUCGAGCCAAGCCGAUCCAGUAUCACCAGCCAGCGAAAAAGCGCAGAUGCAGUAA